AUGAACGCCGCCGCAGGCUGGAUCUGUCGACGAUGUCUCCUGCGCUCUUCCUUCCCCGCUAGGUCCGCCGCCUUCGUGCGCCGCCAGACCACCAAUGCCUCUCCGGACUCCGUCAUAUCGCCCACCGUGCUCAAGAGAGCACGCGCCGUCGCCGCCGAGCAUGCCCAGCUGUCCCAGAAGCUCGUCGACAGCUUCGACACCCGCACCGCGAAGAAAGUCGGCGAGACAGCUCCCAUCGCCGCCGCCCUGAAAGAAUGGGAAAAAGCGAACGAGUCCCUCACCGAGCUCCGCACCCUCCUCAACGACCCCACCGCCGAGCCCGAACUCCGCGACCUCGCCGCCGACGACCUCUCCUCCACCGCCGCCGAGCUCGCCCGCGCCUCCACCUCCCUCACCACCAGCCUCGUCCCCAAACACCCCUUCGCCGCGCUCCCCUGCAUGCUCGAAAUCCGCCCCGGCGCCGGCGGCUCCGAGGCCGCCCUCUUCGCCGCCGACCUGCUGCGCAUGUACCAGGCCUACUGCUCGCGCCACGGCCUGCGCGCCUCGCUCGUCAAAUACGAAGACGCGGCCGGCGGCGGCGACCCGCGCGGGUCCGACGCGCCGCUGCAGGAAGCCAUUCUCGAGAUCGACGACGAGGGCGCGUACGGCAGGUUUCGGUGCGAGGCGGGGGUGCACCGCGUGCAGCGCGUGCCGGCGACGGAGAGUAAAGGGCGCACGCAUACGAGCUCGGCGAGCGUGCUGGUGCUGCCGAGUUUCCCCGAGGGGAGCGCUGGGAGUAUGGAUUUCGAGGACCCGAAUAGUGAUUAUUAUAUCGAUCCGAAGGAAGUGCGGACGGAUAUCAUGCGCGCGAGUGGGGCGGGCGGCCAGCACGAUUCUAGGUCGCAGAGGGCGAAUCGGGAGAAGGCGUGGCAGGUGCUGCGGUCGAGGAUUGCGCAGUUGAGGAGGGAGGCGAGGGAGGAGGAGGCGCUGAAUUUGAGGAGGAGCGUUAUUGGCGUCGCGAAGAUGGGGAGGGAGCAUAAGAUUCGGACGUAUAAUUGGGGGCAGCAGCGCGUGACGGAUCACCGGAGUGGGCUGACGAUUCACGGGCUGAAUGAUGUGAUCGAUGGAGGGGAUAGUCUGGAGGAGGUCAUGGAGAGCGUUAGGCAGUGGAUGAGCGAUCAGGAGGUGCUGCAGAUGAUUGCCUUGCAGGAGAGCGAGGAGAAGAAAUGA